AUGGAGUUGGAGGCAAUCCGAUAUGAGCGGGGAAAGCUGGACAUACUGGACCAGCUUUUGCUGCCCCAUGACACUGACUACAUCGAAGUACAGAAUGUAGACCAAGGUUGGAAUGUUAUUAAAAAAAUGCAGGUACGUGGAGCGCCAGCCAUUGCCAUUGUGGGCAGUUUGAGCUUAGCAGUAGAACUCAAUAUUACAGAGUUCAAAUCCAAGGAGAAGCUUUCUGCAUUUGUGAGCAAAAAGAUGGACUAUCUGGUGACAGCCAGACCGACAGCAGUAAAUAUGACUGAGGCAGCAGAGAGACUGAAGAAAAAAGCUUCUAUUCUGUGUGAAACUUCGAAUCUUACAGUUGAGGAUAUGAAAGAGAACUUGAUAAAAACCAUAGAGGAUAUGCUGGCGAAAGACAUCAAUGAUAACAAGGCCAUUGGGAACUAUGGUGCAGAAGCCAUUUUGAAUCACCAUGGCAACACACCUGUGCGUAUUCUUACGCACUGUAACACGGGUUCCUUGGCAACGGCAGGCUACGGGACUGCCCUGGGGGUGGCGAGGUCCCUCCAUGAAAAAGGAAUGCUGGAACACGUUUACUGUACAGAGACCCGCCCGUACAACCAGGGCGCCCGUCUGACGGCGUACGAAAUCGUGCAUGAGAAGAUGGCGGGCACGCUCAUCUGCGACAGCGCUGUGGCACUCCUAAUGCAGCAGCGUAACAUAUCAGCAGUUGUCGUAGGCGCUGAUCGGGUUGUCUCCAACGGAGACACUGCAAACAAAAUCGGAACUUACCAGUUGGCAGUUGUGGCCAAGUAUCAUGAUGUUCCUUUUUUUGUGGCGGCUCCUAGCGCAUCCAUUGAUCGCAAUCUGGACUCUGGAGACCAGGUGAAAAUAGAGGAACGGCCGCAUCACGAGAUGAAGGAGCAUAAGGGCAUCCCUAUUGCUGCUUCAGAGAUUGACUGCUGGAACCCUGUCUUUGAUGUGACCCCGCACGACCUCAUUACAGGCGGGAUCAUAACAGAGGUCGGGAUAUUCAGACCGGCUGACCUCAAGGCUGGGAUCACAAGGGCACUGGAUGGGAUCCAGGAACCAAAGAUAAGCAAGAACAGUUAACUGAUCUGCAAUAGUUGACAGUAAAAUCAGCAGUAUGAUCAGAUCGUUCUGUUCAGCUAGUUCACCAAAGUCAAAACUGUCUCAAAUACCAGAUCAGUAUGGUUACGACCUUCCAUCAUUGUAUUAAUUAGACUCAUAAAUUACGAAAUUAAAUACAAUUAUGAAUUAUGCUGUCUUUGACACAUGCUUUGUAGAAAAAUUGAAGAAAGCUGGGAGUGUAUGUUACCCAUGCUGUGCAUUUAUUAUACAUCUAUGUAAGUAAUAGCUGAUGUAAUGGUGCUCAGUCUGACCUCCGCCUGACCCUAAUCUGGCUCAGUCUGACCUCCACCUUGCCCCACGGUGACCGAGUCUGACCUCGACCUGGCCCCACUCUGGCUUAAUCUGACCUCCACCUGCCCUCACUCUGGCUCAGUGUGACCUCUACCUGGCCUCACUCUGGCUCAGUCUGACCUCCACCUGGCCCCACUCUGGCUCAUUCUGACCUCCACCUGGCCUCACUCUGGCCGUCUUACCACCACCUGGCCUCACUCUGGCUCAGUAUUACCUUCACCUGGCCCCACUCUGGCUCAUUCUGACCGCCACCUGGCCCCCCUAUGGCUUAGUAUGACCUCCACCUGACACCCCCCCCCCCCCUCUGGCUCAUUCUGACCUCCACCUGACA